AUGACUUCUUAUAUACUAACAUCCGUGAGAAGCAAAGAGGGAGAUGGAAAUCAAAAUAAUCCAAAGAAUCCUGGCACAUCAAUAGCCAAUACACAGGAGUGGAUUGACUGGCAUACGCAAAAGAAUAAACAAAUAGUUCUUCAGUUGGAUAAGGGAGGAGCAAUGGUGGUAAUGGACAGGAAACAGGACACUGAGACAAUGGAACGUACCCUAGGCGUCCGGAAAACAUAUCAAAUACUACAGAAGGAUCCAACCAUGAAGUUCAACGGGACAUUGAAGGCUAUGUUGACGGAAAUGCAUAAUAACGGAGAAAUCGACAGAAGGAUGAUGAAAUCUAAUUAA